CCUAAGAACCUCGCUCCAACUUGUAAUACCGGAACUGAAGUUCAACGGCUGUGACGCACGAACGCGGGGAUCCGAUUCUGACCGGCGAAUCGGAGCGUAGCAGAGGGCAAAACAGCAUUUGAACGCGAAGUGGUGAAUUUGCUAACCGCAAACGUCGUGCUCACCAGCCAGAGCGUCCGCUGCCCUUCAGGAUUCGCGACAACGAAGUCGAGAAACAGAAGCAAGACAGCCCGACGGCCUCGCGCCUCAACGCAACAGCCGUCGACGAGCAAGACGUCGCGAGACCACAGGCCGCUUUCUGCUGAAGUGUUGGCGACAGAUGGGAGCUGCACACGACGCGACAGGCUCGUUUUCGAGGCAGAGAUUCAGAGUAUGAUGCAUGCCUUUGGUGAUGUGCGUCAUGCUUUGUCACAAUCUGCUGCUUUAGUAGAAGAUAUUGUUCGACACCAAAUUCGACGUCUGGUGGUACAGACAGUUGAUGUUACCAAUCUGAGAGGUGGGAGAUUUAUGAAUAUAGAGGAUGUUGUUUUUCUGCUAAGACAUAACAAGGAGAAACUAAAGCGUGUGGUCAGAUAUAUCACUUACAGAGACAUAGGUCAGAAAGUACAGAAGCAGAUGGGUGCAGAGGAAGAUGAUACAUCAUCAGAGAUGAGCUGUUUAGAUUCUGUCAAGGUACCUCUCACAUCUUGUUCUAAAAGGAGGAAAUUAUGCUUUGACUUUCUAAGGAGCCCCGACAAUCAUUCCGGUAAGUUGGAGGUCACCGAUGAGUUGGAUGAAGUUAGCCUGGACAGGAUGGAGAGGGCAGACAGUAGGACACACAGUAUGGAUCACACUCAGUAUAUUGAGUUUAGUGAAUGUCGCCAGAUCAAUUUUCAUAAGAAACUGAGUAAAUUUCGAGACUGGUUGGAUUGUGGCUCUCUGAUUGACCUGAAACCAGGUUCUGCAGUGCUGGAGGUCUUUGGCUAUUUGGCAUAUGAGACAGUUGGGCAGCUUGUUGAAUUAAGUUUGCUAGUAAAGAGGGAUGCCGAUGGUCAUAGUGAUCCUCUGUCUUCUGACUAUACCUCAGUUGUGGAGCGGCCUGUCAAUCCAACAGCCUAUGGCAUUACAUCCACUUUUGUAACAACUCCAGCACCUUCGUCACCUGGACCAUCGCCUCCUUCACCUCCAUCGUCACCUCCAUCGACUCCAAACACACCGAAUGCAAUUCCACCGUCUGCAAGCCCAGCAAGUACCACCAGUGUCCUUACGACAGUCGAGGGAGCAAAUGGAGGAGUUGAUAAAGUAAGUCAAGUAGUGGCAUCAAGCAAAUCAUCAAAAUCAAAGAAGAAGGGAAAAGCAAAGACUUUCUUGCCUGCACUUGCAACGUCUGUGUCUGCCAAUGCACUGCAGCCGUGGCACAUACAAGAAGCUUAUCGAAGAUAUUCCCAUCUAAUAGGACCAAUGUCAGCAUACUCUCCAACAACCAGACCAUCAGCACUUCAAACAAUGCUGUGCUGUUAGUUUGUUCAUGCAGCUAGAUCACUACCAUACCUUAUCAGGUACAGUUAUGAUUUUUGAGUAUACUAGAUGUGAAACUGUUGUAUUAGCUAUAGCAUUAUUUAAUUAAUAUGAUCCAGUUACACAAGA